AUGGGCACCGAGGUCUAUGUGCCGGAUCUGGAUCCGCUGGGGGGCGUCCGCUGGGGGUCCAGCUGGCAGGACCCUGGUGUCUGCAUGAACACCUGCGUCAGGGGCCUCUCGUGGGGCGUGCGGGACUUUGACUCAGGGAGGCUGGCAACCAUUCUCCUAACCUGGGUGACCUUGGCCAAGGCCUCCCCCACCAUCCUGUGGGGCCCCAUCCACACCGGUGAGCAGGUGCACACCAUGCCCUUCGGGGACAAUCGCUCGGAGGUGACAGAGUUCAUCCUGGUGGGCUUCUCGGGCUCGCUGGGCCUCCACAUGUGCCUGGUGGUGCUGUUCACGCUGGCCUACAUGCUGACCGUCACAGAGAACGUGGUCGUCGUCGCCGUGAUCCGGGUCAGCCCCCAGCUGCACAAGCCCAUGUAUGUCUUCCUCAGCAACCUGUCCUUCCUGGAGGUGUGGUACGUCUCCGUCACUGUGCCCAAGAUGCUGCUCAGCCUGGCGGAGCCCCAGUUCCGACACAUCUCCUUCACGGGCUGCAUGACGCAGCUGUAUUUCUUCCUGGCGCUGGCCUGCACCGAGUGCACGCUCCUGGGCGUCAUGGCCUAUGACCGCUACGUGGCCAUCUGCAGCCCCCUGCGCUACCCGGCCAUCAUGAGCCCCAGCCUCUGCAGCUUCCUGGCCGCCAGCUCCUGGCUCUCGGGCUUCACCGUCUCCCUGGGAAAGGUCUUCUUCAUCUCAUGCCUGGGCUACUGUGGCCCCAACGUCAUGAACCACUUCUUCUGUGACGUGUCCCCCCUGCUGAGCCUCGCGUGCUCCGACGUGUCCGUGGCGGAGCUGGUCGACUUCCUCCUGGCUCUGCUCAUCCUGCUGGGGCCGCUGCAGCUCACCAUCUUCUCGUACGCCGCCAUCCUCGGCACCGUGCUGCACAUCCCGUCCGCCGCCGGCCGGCGCAAGGCCUUCUCCACCUGUGCCUCGCACCUGGCCGUGGUGGUCAUCUUCUACUCCGCCUCCCUCUUCAUCUACGCCCGGCCACGCGCCAUCUACUCCUUUGACUUCAACAAGGUGGUGUCCGUGGUCUACACGGUGCUCACGCCCCUGCUCAACCCCAUCAUCUACUGCCUGCGGAACCAGGAGGUCAAGGAGGCCCUACACAAGGCAGUGCAGAGGGUGGCCCAGGCCCUGGGUGCCCCGUCCUAGGGGCCCCCCUGGG